AUGGGCCCUGCAGACGAGCUCCUUGACCCACGGCGACGUGACCUGAUCACACGGCUGUCUACCAUUAUGGAAAUAGAAGUAAUUGAUUCGAUCGGAUGGGCUUGCUUGUGGUUUGCAGAUCUCUCUACACUAGAGGAGCUUGUCACAGGCUUUGAGCGGGGUCCGUUGUCCGUCUCCAGUAUUAUAUCCUGCUCUCUGUCGAAUACUAAGGAGAGAGCGAAAUCUAUCAAAGCUUGUAAACGUACUGCAGGGUCCAAUGAAGACUUGGGAGAGCCUUCUGAAGACGAAGAAACAGAGACAGAAGAGCCUCCAACUAAGAAGCGCCGGCUUGCUUCAGAUCUACGAAAAGCUUCUAAAAGGGCCGGAAAGCAAACAGCUGAGCAGGCCUUAGGGCAUCAUAAUGACACGUGUAUUCUCACCGGUUGCACUAUACCAGUUGAAGUUGCACAUAUUUUCCCCAAAAGCCUCGGCAAGAAUAUAGAGGGACUCCGCGACUUCUGGAAAUGUUUGCAGUGUUUCUGGACCCCACAACAAGUCAAGGCUUGGAAGAACCGGUUUUUAGGCUCAGAUGGAACAGAAACAUGUUCUAAUCUAAUAUGCAUGGUUAAUAAUGCCCAUAAAUUAUGGGAAAAGGCAGCGUUUGCCCUGAAACCUCUGUCCCUGAGUGAGGAUGAAAGGCAACUCGAAGUACAAUUUUUCUGGCUGCCGAAGCAUAAAUACCGCAAGCAAGUGCCAUUAACUGCAGUCCCCGAUCCUUUUCCUCGCAAUCUCUCCAGCACGAAUGAUCAAUAUAAAACCGUGCUGUUCAAUAAUGUCACGGACACGAAACUAUGCUCUGGGGACAUUCUCACCUUCAAGACCGGUGACCCGAUGGGUCACCCCCUUCCAUCCAUGGAGCUGCUCAACAUGCAGUGGGUCCUACAUCGGGUCCUUGCCCUCAGUGGUGCCGCUUACGCGACUGACGAAGAACUUUUCCCCGACCCAUAUAUGUCUUUCAGACGUGCUACCGCGUUUGGUUUAUAUGAAGAGGAUUCUGACUGGGAUAGCGAGAUGGAAGUGGAUGAGGAGGAAGAGGGAGAGGAAGCAGAAGACUCCCAGGGUACCCCAGAGGGAGAAGCUUGGGAAUAA